CACAAGGGGGGUACUGGGGCUGUACUAGGACUGUGUUGUGGGGGCACUGGGGCAGACCAUCAUUACUGCACCAGAGCCAGAGCCACCUAUCAUAUGACAAAUCUUAUCUUUUUAAAAACUUAAUCUGUUAAUGCAUAACCAUUUCAGGUGGAAUGAAGAUGAUGAAGAUCAUUUUCUUUAGCCAUGAACAUGGCCAUGGCCAUGUCAUUGUUAUGUUACUUCUGCUUGUGUGUAUGGAAUUGGGAGUGGUACCACCAACCACAUCCACAUCUCAAACUACAACUCUUCCCCACUAUGAAGUACAAGCCAUUAAAGAGAUAGCUAAAGAGCUGAAUAAAAAUGACUGGAACUUCAGUGAUCCAUGCAGUAAUGAAACCACCAUUGAUAGGCCGCGGAUCAGUGAUAAGUACAGCAAUACCAUCAUCUGCAAUUGCUCAAUCUCUGCCAAUUUCUGCCAUAUUCAAAGCAUCUCUUUCAUCGGUCAGUACCUUGAUGGCGUGUUGCCACCCUCAUUGGCAAAGCUGCCUUAUCUUAAGAAAGUUAUUUUGGAGCAGAACUACCUCACCAGUCCAAUACCUCAUGAAUGGGCUUCUACAAAGUUUGAACACUUGGUCAUCAGUGCCAACAAUUUAUCAGGACCAAUACCUGGAUUUUUGGGCAACAUAACAACUCUCUAUGAUUUGUCUUUGGAGAGCAACAUGUUUUCUGGAGCAGUUCCUAGAGAGUUUGGAAAAUUGGUGAACAUGGAAAAACUCUAUCUUAGUUCUAAUAGUCUCAAUGGAGCAUUGCCUUGGACACUAAGUAAUCUGACCAAAUUACAAAUUUUGAAGAUUAGCAGCAACAAAUUCACCGGAAGAAUUCCCGAUUUAGUCAAGAGUUGGAGACAACUUAAAGUUUUAGAAAUGCAAGCAAGUGGUUUUGAAGGGCCAAUUCCUUCAAACCUUUUUGUCUUGAAUAACUUAACACAAUUAAGGAUUAGUGACUUAAACGGCGGCGUUUCAGAGUUUCCAAACUUGAGGAACAUGAAAAGCAUGGAGAGAUUGAUGUUGAGAAGCUGUAAUAUAAGAGGAAGAAUUCCAGACUACUUAUCUAACUUGACAGAGCUAAAAACUCUAGAUCUUAGCUUUAAUAGGUUGGAAGGCACCAUUCCAAACCUUGAAGAUCUACUGCACUUGGCCGGAAUAUAUCUGACAAGCAACCAGCUCAUUGGACCUAUUCCAUAUUGGAUCGAAAUGAGAGAUAAUCGCUACAUCAUAGAUCUUUCAUACAACAAUUUUUCCGAGACUUCUAUCCCGCCAACUUGUCGAGAAACCUUAAAUCUGUUUCAAAGCUUUUCAGACAAGAAAAACCAAUUACUAAGCAAAUGCUUGAGUCCAUGUUCAAAAGACCAAUACUCGUUGCAUAUAAACUGUGGUGGGAAACAAAUGGCCAUUGGUAACAUCAAGUAUGAACAAGAUGAAGAUCCAGGAGGUGCUGCAAAAUUCGUACACAGCGCGUCUGGCGAUUGGGGAUUUAGCAGCACUGGUGAUUUUUGGGAUGUUUCUAGUACAACAAAGGAUUACAUAGCAAAUAAUGUAUCAAUUCUUAGAAUGAACACUUCUGAGUUGUAUACAACUGCAAGGCUGUCUCCUCUUUCGUUAACAUAUUAUGCUCGUUGCUUAGCAAAUGGAAACUACACAGUGAAACUUCACUUUGCAGAGAUAGUAUUCAGAGACUACAAAUCUUAUUCCAGUACUGGAAAGCGAUUUUUCGAUGUUUAUAUCCAGGGAACAAGGGUGUUGAAGGAUUUCAAUAUCGAAAAGGAAGCGAAAGGAGUUAACAAAGAAGUUAUUAAGAUCUUUAAAGCAUUGGUUGUGAACAAAAUUUUAGAAAUCCGUUUCCAAUGGGGUGGGAAAGGGACAACAAAUGUUCCAAAGAGAGGAAUUUACGGUUCUCUUGUUUCGGCUAUUUCAAUGAAGUCUGAUUUCAAACCUCCUGAUGAAAGCAAAACCAAGAAACUCAUUGUCGUCGGCAUUGUUUCUUCAUUCUUCCUUGUGUUGAUGAUGGCCUUAGGAAUUCUUUGGUGGAAAGGUUACUUAAGAGGCAAGCCAUCAAGAGAGCAAGUUCUCAAAGGAUUGGACUUGAAAACUGGUAUCCUUACAUUUGAUCAAAUUAAAGCAGCCACUAAUAACUUUGAUGCUGCUAACAAGAUUGGGGAAGGAGGAUUUGGAUCAGUAUACAAGGGUGUGUUAUUAGAUGGUACUAUUAUUGCAGUUAAACAAUUAUCAUCAAAAUCUAAGCAAGGAAAUCAAGAAUUUGUGAAUGAAAUAGGCAUGAUUUCGGCUUUACAACACCCGAAUCUUGUUAAAUUACACGGCUGUUGUGCCGAAGGAAAGCAUUUGUUGUUGGUAUACGAAUACAUGGAGAACAACAGCCUUGCACAUUCAUUAUUUGGAGAAAGUAAACUGAAAUUAGACUGGUCAACAAGACACAAUAUUUGUCUUGGCAUUGCAAGGGGUCUAGCUUUCCUGCAAGAGGAAUCACCACUGAAAAUUGUUCAUAGAGACAUCAAAGCAACAAAUAUUCUUCUUGAUAAAGAUCUUAACCCGAAGAUUUCAGAUUUCGGUCUUGCUAAACUGAAUGAAGAAGAGAACACCCAUAUAAGCACUAGAGUUGCUGGAACCAUAGGAUACAUGGCACCAGAGUAUGUCUUAUGGGGUUAUUUAACUCCUAAAGCAGAUGUUUAUAGCUUUGGAAUUGUAGCAUUGGAACUUGUGGCUGGUAUUAUGAACACGAAAUUCAACUCAUAUGAAGAGUAUGUUUGCCUUCUAGAUUGGGCUCUUGUUUCACAACAAAAGGGAAAUCUUAUAGGGUUGGUGGAUCCAAAGCUAGGAUCUGAGUUUAACAAAAAAGAGGCCAUAAGAAUCAUUGAAGUAGCUCUUCUAUGUACUAACCCUUCACCAGCGCUUCGGCCUACCAUAUCUUCUGUGGUAAGCAUGCUUGAAGGCCGGACUCUUGUUCGUGCUUUGAGCUUCCAUCCAAGUGUUCAUGGCGAUCGCUCAAGAUUCCAGGCCUUAUCAGAAUACAUGGACCACUUGAGAGAACCAAUUUCGGGAGAACCUCGAAAUUGUUUUUAUUCUUCUUCUACUACUGAGAUUGGCCCUUCCUCUACAUCAGAAUUGGUUGCACCAAAUGAAUCUUAAAUCCUUAAUCUAGUGAUUCAAUAAGGCACACUUUUACAUGAUAAAGUUGAAUAUAUGUAUGUAUAUGUCUUUAUAUCUUCUUGCUAACAAUGUCUUCUUUGUUAUCUUCCAAAUUUGCAAAACCAAAAUUAAACUAAGCUAACUUAUUUGAUAUUAUAGCUUAAUAUGAAUGCAAGAUCACUAUAAGGCUUAGUUAUUA